AUGCGAAAUACAACUGAAUCCAUACUAUUCAAUACAACAAGUAUCACAACAAUCAACUUCACUUCAUUUGAUUCAAGGCAUCUUCGACAUUUACAUCCGCAAAUCUGGGCUUGUCCAUCACCCAAUUUUCAAGGCAAACCUGGUUAUUUUUCACAAUCGGGCGAAGAUAAAGCAUUAGAAAAGAUGUUUCUCGAAAAUACACGUACCAGACAAAAUCCAGGCAUAUUCGUGGAACUUGGUGCUUUGGAUGGUAUUACCUAUAGUAAUACUCUAUUUUUUGAACGAAUGUUUGAUUGGCGCGGAGUAUUAAUUGAAGCUCAGCCUGGAAACGCAAGAAAACUACUUCGAGGCAAUCGAAAAAAUACCGUGAAGAUCCCAUUUGGAAUUUGUUCGCUUCCACAAACAGAAAUUCAAAUGUUGGGUGAAGAUGGUGCAGUUGCUGGCGAUAUAGCAACCAUGGACGAAUCUUUUAGAAAAGCAUGGCAUAAAAAUACCAAGAAGAUACAACGAGUGGCAUGUGCUCCAAUCGGUACUUAUCUAUCAGCUAUUGGAAUUACCCAUAUUGAUUUUUUCAGUCUUGAUGUCGAAGGUGCUGAAUUUACAGUUCUUUUAACUAUGAAUUGGAAUAUUCAAGUACAUUAUCUCCUCGUAGAAAAUAACUCAAAAAUGCCUAAUAUUACAGCUUUGCUGAAGAAUCAUGGAUUUCGAAUACAAGAAUUUCACCAUUGUACUCCUGGAUCUGAUUGUGCUAGUAAUACUUUGUUUGUGAACGAUAAUUACAAAAAGCCAAAUUUCUUAUCCGUGUGUAUAUCAAAUAUAUACCCUGACAUGGCAUCAAAAGGACUGAUCUAUUGGGAUAAAUUCUAUCUUGUUGUUAUGUGUUGGUUUUACUUGACAAUAAAUCUUAGAAAAUAA